GCCACUCUUCACAUUAGGAUGCUUUGGGCCUUCCAGUCCCUUUUUGUCACGUGACUUAUGUCAAUAAGGAAGUAAGCUCUGUCUUUGAAUACAAGGCGCCAGCAGCCGUUUUAGGUUAACAACUGAAAGAUCCCGCGGGAUGCCCGCCACCGAGCCGGUCCGGUUGGGUCGGAAACGCGCCCUGCCCUCGUGCCCGAACCCGCUGUUCCUCAAGUGGCUCACCGAGCUCCGGGACGAGGCGAAGGAGAAAGGACUGAAGAUCCAGUACACCUACCAGAAGGCCAUCAACUCACUCAAUAAAUAUCCACUGCCGCUGAAGAACGCCAAAGAGGCAAAGAUCCUCCAAAACUUCGGAGACGGCAUCUGUAAGAUACUGGAUGAAAAGCUGCAACGGUAUUAUAGAGAGAACGGUGCUGACGCUUCUAUACACGCUCUCCCCAAAGGAGCGCCCCCUCCUGGCCGAUCAGACAAUAACAUCAUUCUGGCUCCAUCCAAAAAGAAAAAUGCUGCAGGUGAUCAAAGAAAGGAUGGAGGAGGAGAUGGAGGGAGGAAGAAGAAGAGGGAGUAUGUCCCCCAGAGGAGGUCCGGGGGUUAUGCUGUGCUGCUGACUCUUUACAAAGAAACUCAGGUCCCUGGUAGUAAAGGUUACAUGUUUAAGAUGGAGCUGCAGACAGAAGCUCAGCAUCUCUGUGACAAAUCGUUCACUGUGCCUGAUUUAGGCAGUAAGUACACCGCCUGGAGCUCAGUCAGCACUCUGAUCCAGAAGAACCUGCUGAUAAAGACUCACAAUCCUGCAAGGUAUUCUCUGACAGAAGGAGGUCUGGCUUUGGCCGAGCGACUGGCAUCAGUAGAGCAGACGAACACAGACGGGGACAGAGAGGAGGUUAGAAGUGAGUUAGAGGCGACUGAGGAAGAUGAUAACGUCGUAGACCUCACUGGUAGUGAUGAAGGUGAAGAAGAGGAGGAGGAGAACAGAAUACACCCUACAGAAAGACGAGCCGCCAUCACUCAGGUUAGCUGCGACGUGGACGACGUGCGUUCAUCUGGGAAACCACAAAAUUCACAGACGACGACGACAAGCAGAAAGCCGAACGCAGAAUGUCUCCUACCCGGAACGUAUGAAAUUAUGCUCUGUGUUGACUUCAUCGAGACCACUGGUGGGAGUCACCAUCGUAAGCAGGAGCUGGUCAAAGAGCUUCAGAGGAAUGGAGUCAACUUUGACAUCAGGAAACUAAACGUCGGGGACUUCCUGUGGGUGGCUCGGGAAAAGGUGGCACCUGUUGCAGGUCAGUUGCGAGCGCCUGUAGGCAGGGAGCUCGUCCUUGAUUACAUAGUGGAGAGGAAGAGGAUGGACGACCUGUGCGGCAGCAUCAUCGAUGGACGCUUCAGGGAACAGAAGUUCCGGCUGAAGAGGUGCGGCCUUCGUAAGCCCAUCUAUUUAGUGGAGGAGUGUGGAUCAGCUGCUUCUCACCUGAGCUUACCUGAAACUACACUGCAGCAGGCCAUAGUCAACACACAGGUGGUUGACGGUUUCUUUGUGAAGAGAGUCCAGGAUGUGAGGGAGUCGGCGGCGUACCUCACCAUCAUGACGAGAUUCCUGACUAAACUGUACCAGAACCGAACGCUGAUCUGUCGCUCCAGAGAGCUGGAGGGCGAUGGAGGCAGUGACGAAGAGGAGAGAGGGCUCCCCUCCUGCUCUCUCAUGUCUUUUGCAGAGUUCAACCACGGUGCAGUCAAAAACAAGUGUCAGACGGUGAGAGAAGUGUUUGCCAGACAGCUGAUGCAGAUCAGCGGAUUGUCUGGAGACAAAGCAGCUGCUAUACUGGAACACUACAGCACGCCGCACAGUCUUCUGACAGCAUAUGAACAGUGCACAAGUGAAGCAGAGAAAGAGAAACUCCUCUCCUCGAUCCGAUACGGGAAGCUCAAAAGGAACCUGGGUCCAUCUCUGAGCAGAACAGUUUAUCAGCUCUACUGUACACAAGGAGCUCUGACAUGAAGGCGGCCCUGCAGAAAGAAGUCAAUCAGUGAUCCAAGAGGCAGAGAGAGGCUGCUGCAUACCGACUGAAGCACUGUUAGACCAGAGCGCAGCGCAGGAACUGUUUGUGGCACGAUCACAGUGAAGAAUAAUUCAGGGCUGGAUUACUUUCUCAGUUUAAUUCUCAAAUAAAUAUACAGACAACAAAACCCCGGUAUGUUUAGUGACACCUGACAAUCCCACAGCUAUGACGAGAAGAAAACAUAAUUGCAGCACAGAAGGGAGAGUUUUAAAAAAAGAAGUAGAAGAGGAGGGGAGGGCACGCUGUCUUUAUCUCCUCGAACACAGAGUGUAAAAGAAUAAUAGAUUUUUAUUUCACGGUUAGACUUAAUGCCGAUAUGUGUUAGCUUCAAAACCCCGCUCAACUCUUUACUUCUUCAAUCAAAAACCCAAGCUGUCAGUUUAAUGUAAAGGAUGCUACAUCACCUUAAAAUCGCAGCCACUCACACACACAGAUUGCAUUCAUAAGAUUGAGGAUUGCAGAAAGUUUGCAGAGUCAAUCAAAAAUCAGGAGUGAAUUUACUUUUUUCCCCCGCCCACUCUCUUCACCACUAUGGUCCCUAACUUGACAAGUUGUGUUAUUUACAAAGACAAACAGAAAUAGAAAAAUCUGACAAGUCAAAUGGGGUUCCUCCUGGAACAGGUUAACAAAGUGCUAUUUCCUUUUCUUUUUAAAGAAAAGAUACUUUUUUAUUUCUUCAAGGGUAGCCUUAAAGCAAUGCUUGCAGA